AUGGAUCAACCCAAGAGACCACCGUCCAAGCGAAUGGCGUUCUGUGUAGAUGAAUUGGUGCAUGUCGGUCAACUCUGGGAUGUCUAUAGGGGUGAUUUGAUCGGGUGCGACGGGAUUUCCAAACCGCAGCAUUUGAUCUUAAAACUCAUGAGACCCAAUGCGUUCCCCGACGAAUAUCCUUCCGAUCCCGAUGACCCUCGAAGCGAAGAAGAAGGCUACCACAUCAAGGACUCAGCUAUCGCCGCAGCAUUCAGAGAAGAUUGGAUAUAUCGUACCCGCCUUGUACAGCUCCAAGGUACCAUUGUACCAGAAUACCACGGUCUUUUUACGUGGUAUGACCCACUCGAAGAUAAACCGGAAUGGCCUUACGUUUUCGCAAUGAUAAUGGAAGAUGCAGGAGAUGCUGACAAAGGAUGUAGAGAAGGAUCUUAUUAUUGGGAGUGGGAAGAUAUCCUGAGAAUAGAUCGCAUGUAUAGUACUCUGCAUGAGACGGCGGGUCUUAUUCAGAACGCAGUCGCAGAUCAACAUAUCAUACGAAGUAAAGAUAAUCAACGUCUGUCAUUGGUGGAUUUCCAAGAUGCUCGAAUUUUCCAAGAAUGCAAACCGGAGCGUCGACAACAUCUUCUUAAUACUGAGGAUGGCGAAUUCUUAUACAUGGUCCAUGCAUUCCGAAAGUAG